AUGACCGUGCCAAAUCAGCUAAGCUUGUUCACUCAAAGUUUGUUAGAGGAGCAUUACGAAAUUCAUACCGGCUCAUUGAGGAGAUCACAAUUCACUGAAACAGACGGGGUCAUGUUGGCUAGCAUUAAGAACAUUGUGAACGCGUUCUGCAAACGCGGUACGACCACCCCAUUGAGGUCUAGUGCUACACCCGUUCCGACUCCAUCCAGAACGGGAAGAGAGGGAUACCAAAUCAACGAAGAAUUGGUCAGAGAAAGAGCUCUAAAGAAUAUUGAAAGAGUGGGAAUGGUAGAACAAUAUGAUGUAGACUUGAUUAUGUAUUUAAUGUACAGAAUAAGAUCAAUGGGAGAUGACGACUCUCAAAGAACUAGAAAUAAUGAGAUGAUGAUACAAUUCCUGCGGAUAUUUCUACAAAUGUACAAGAUUCAAUUGGAGCACAGUAUGAGAAUAUCGGUGGAUGGAGAGACGGUAGAUAUAGGGCAGUUAGCUCGGAUGGUUAGUGAGGGCAAGGAUCGUGGGGAUAUAUUGUGUCAAGACGUGUCACAGUUGGAGAAGCAGUCCAAGGAUGUGCGGGGUCGGAUGGCGGAGUUGCAGGCGGAGGAGAAGGAGUUGGGUCGUUCUUGUGCUCAAUUGGAGGCGGAUGUUGUGGAGGCGACGCGGGGGCUGGAAGGUUUGACGCGUCGGAAGCCGGCAUUGGAGGAGGCGAUUACAACGGGAGGGAACCUGCGGAAGCAGUUGGAGGAUUUGGAGGAGACGGUACGAUGUACGCGUGCGAGCCAGAGGGUAGUGGCCGAGAGUUCGGAAGCUUUGAGGAAUGAGUUGCAGAGCAUCUACCUAGAACUUACGCCACAAUGGGAAUCAUGUCGGAAACGUGUGCUGGCAAUGCAGAACAUCCCUAAGUUAUCCUGGCCGGAGUCCAUAGCUUCCGCCAUGUUUCCAUUGUCUGAUCCGUUUACCCCUGGCUCUGUAGCCGAGUGGUAUAGUUCUGGUGCCAAAGACCAAAUGGUGACCGAGUUAGAGAGAUUUUUGAAGCACGUCCAGGAGCAGUCUGAGAAGAGACGAGCCGGGAACAGCACGGCGAUUAAAAGCCAUUCUGACUCAAUCGAACCGAUGAGGAAGGCCGUGAUGCAGAGUGAAUCGGACCUGGUAGCUAUCCAGGGUGCUAUUAAAGAGUCCAAAGCAAUCUUUGAUACCCUCACGAGAGAGGCCGAACACACCACCAGCGACUUGGAAACGGUUCAAAGCCAGUGGCAGGAGAUGAUUGCGAAUCAUCAAACGCAAGUGAAGCAACUGGAAGAUAAGCUACGGGGAUUGGAAGCCGACUCGUCUCUCAGAAUUCGUAAAUUGUCUACUGAAUUUGAACAACUCGUCAGGUCCAUUGGGGACAGACUUAACAACCUGACAGAACGCUACGAGACCUGGACCAAGAGGGAAAAACCCGCUCUAGACAACGUACUGGACCAAAAAUUCCAAGGCAUUUGCGCUACCAUUCAGUCUCAGAACGAACAAAUGGCGUCAAAUCUCCGAAACGGGUCCGAGGAGGCAAAACCAGAACAUGGUUCUCUGCCCAGUCCAUCUUCGCCGCUCACAGAGGAAGAAGAGGCGGAUCACCAAAGCAGUUCCGAAGAAGAGUUUAAGGAACCUGCGAGCGAGAAUCGACCGGCCAGACAGCCGGAAGUGAAGGACGGGUUAAUGAAAUUCCUUUUCUCGACCAUCAGCAAACUAACCGACAAGAAGAUCUAA